AUGAUGACGUCUACAAGCAUAAAAGUUCCUAUCAGUGAUACAGACGAUGUGAAGGGACUGGAUAGGAAAUAUUGGAAUAGGACAGAAAGAAAGCAAUGGGCCACAGGACUGUUUGCUGGUUGUGGGGUCCUCUAUGCUUGUCGGACAGUCACACCUUUGGUUGUUGCUUCCAUGGCCAAGGAAUUUGGCUGGGACAAAACACAGAGCGGCUCAGUACUGUCAUGCUUUUUCUGGGGGUACACAAUGACACAGUUCCUGGGAGGCUACCUGGCUGAUAAGGUGGGCGGUGAUGUGGUCAUGCCCAUUGCUGCCUGUUUCUGGUCCAUGAUCACCUUCUGGACACCACAGCUAGCCUAUCUGUCCACUGACAAGUACCUCACGCUGCACAUACUUGUUGUCUCAAGAGUGUUCCUUGGGAUAUUUCAAGGUUUCCACUAUCCUAGUAUGAGCUCCGUGGUGUCAAGGAAAGUGUCAGAACAAGAGCGCUCCUUAACUUACAGCUUCAUCUGCUCAGGAUCCCAUCUUGGCACCUUGCUCUGUGGCAGUAUAGGAUCUAUACUUUUAGAUAAAUAUGGCUGGCAAAGUGUAUUUUACUUUGCAGGUCUAAGUAGUAUAACUUGGAUGCUACUUCUGCGCUAUUUAUUGAUAGAGAAACACAGAAAAAAGUAUAUUCCUUUAGUAUCUGCUGGAGAGGGCAUUGGGCAGAAAGUCAACCACAAGACAGAGAAGUCAGUACCUUGGCUUACACUCUUUGUCAAACCUGCAUUCUGGUCUCUUCUCAUUGGACACUUCUGUGAAAAUAAUGCAUUUUUUAUCCUGUUGUCCUGGUUACCUACAUAUUUUCAUGAAAAUUUCCCUGAUGCUAAGGGAUGGGUGUUUAAUGUUGUGCCAUGGAUUGUGACCAUGUUCAGUUCAGUGCUAGGAGGUUGGAUUGCAGAUCAUAUGUUGGCCAAAGGCUUCAGUGUGACAUUCGUGAGAAAGUUCAUGGAGAGUAUAGCCCUGUGUGGUACCUCAGCAGCACUAGUGAUGAUAUCCUAUACCACCAGUUACUAUUCAGCAUUGUUUAUCAUGGCUAUAGCGGUGGCAUGCUGUGGUUUCCAUAACAGUGGCAUCCUUGUCAACCCUCAGGAUAUCGCGCCGAGACAUGCUGGUGCUGUGUUUGGUAUUAUGAACAUGGCUGGAGCAGUACCAGGUUUUGUGGGAGUGUACAUGGCAGGUCACAUUCUGGAGGCUACUAAGAGCUGGGCUGCUGUGUUUAAUCAGACGGCUGGGGUGUGUUUGUUUGGUUGGAUUGUGUACAUCAUCUUUGGUACAGGCAAGCAACUAGUAUGAAGGGUCCCCCAUAAAAGACAGUGAACAGAAACAUCUGCAUAGCAUGUCAUCAUACAUGUACGAAGUGUGAUACAGUGAAAUCUUACGUGUUAAGUAAUAGAAUGUGACACUAUCAGAUACAAAGUGUAAUGUAAUAGAUUGUGAUACAAUCAUAUACAUAGUGUGAUGUAAAAGAGUGUGAUACAACCAGAUACAAAGUGUCAUGUAAUAUAGUGUGACACAGAUACGAAGUGUAAUGUAAUAGAUUGUGAUACAAUCAUAUACAAAGUGUAAUGUAAUAGAUUGUGAUACAAUCAUAUACAUAGUGUGAUGUAAUAGAAUGUGAUGUCAUAAGACUCCAGACAUUAUGACAGUGUAAUCAAAAGUGAAAGUUUUAAAUGUAAGACAAGAUUGUUGAUAUUUAGCUACUGCUGAGUAUCUGAUUUAUCUUUAGGAAUGGCUGUGGUGUUUGUUUAUCAAUGAAUGGUGUUGAUUGGUAUGGAAGGACAAGCCCAUUUUUGUGAAAAUGUGUAAAUGAUUUAAAGAUCAUGUUGCUGAUAUGCCCAGUAUAUGUACAUUUUUGUCAUCUUACGUGCACAGACUUCACAUUUUUGGUAAGGUACUGAAACCAUGACCUAUUUUCCACAUGUCUUUCUCCAUCA